ACCCACUCUGUUUCAUCAAGUUCCCAGAUUCCAGAUUCGAUUCUCUGAGGUGUUCAAUGAAAUCAAACACGAAGGAAAAGGUGUUGUCCUAAAGGAAUCGAACAAGCUCUAAAUUAAAGGAAUACCAAUGCGACCCCAGAUAAGAGCAAGCAUCAGAUGAAUGGUCCCUACUCCCUAGUUAAUAGCCACACUCUCAAAGCUGUGUUCUUUAUAUGAACUCUUCACCUGAAUGAAUGGACCUCUGAACCAAAAGAAGCAAGCCUGGCAGCUUUCCUUUUCCAUCUCCUAGCUAGCUACCUCAUCUCGACACAUUCAUCAAACGGCAAAUUCCAACACAGAUUUUUCUCCCAGGGAAGCUCAAGAGGAAUGAAGAAGAGUGCUGUUUUCGUAGCUGCUUGGUUGCUGUUACUGUUUUGUUCGGUAUCAUUAGUUACAGCAGCCGAUCUCAACUUGUCAAAUCCAUCUCCGCAGUUCCCAGGAGGACAAAAUCAUGAUCUGAGUGGCAGGGAAUCAAAACGGGAGCAAUAUUGGGGAGUGGUGGGUUCAUCAAGUAAAGCAUCAGGAACAGGGGGGCUAAAGGGAGGGAAUGGAGGUGCUUCCGACAUUGCUCACAGAGCUCCCCCUGCACCUCACAAAAACUACUCCACUCGUUUAUCAUCAUCCCACUUCUACACCCUCUCCCUCUUCUCUCUUGCACUCACUCUCUACCUUCCACUUUGAUUUCUUCGUAUGGUGCCGAUUCCUGCAGCCAGUUGUGACCUUUGGCAUGUGCUGAUUCUGUAAGGUCUCCAUCCAACUCGUUUGUUUGUGCUCAAUCCGGCCUGUCGACAUUUUGCUUUACUUGGGGUGAAAGUUGCGUGUUAUUUUUGGGCCCUCCUCUAUUCUGCUCUUGUUACUGUCUAGUUCUCUCUGAGUGAGCAAAGUUUGGUCAUGGCUUCGAACUUGGAAAACAAGCAAAUUCAGUUGGGUUGUCUACACUCUUCUUCAAACGCUGAAGUCAGAUGUGAGAAACUCAUCAGAUAGAGAUAAGAUUGUAGCCAUGUUGUGUGUGUACGCAUGUGUAAUACCGCCUUUCAAGUAGACUGGCGGCAAGACUUGUAGUAGUUGUAUAAAUUCGAGGUGUCGAACACCUAGUACCAGAUGAUCUGUUACUCUGAUUAACUCUAUGUAGCACGAUUUGAGAAUGUGCAAUUCUGCAAACGUCUAGUCCAGUACUUUGCAAAUGAUGAACAACAACAGAGAGUAACAGAGCACAACAGAAAAGAGGAGGGGCCAUCAGCCCAUCACAAUUGCAAGCAAGCAGGCACUACGAUCGACCUGACAAUCUUAGAAACAAGUUGGGGCCAACUGGGAUGGAUGAUAAUCCGAAUGCUCUUUCUAUCCAACCACUACCUACUCCACACAUUUUCUGAAACUAUAUCGUGUUUUCGCCCCCUUUAUGAAUGGAGCCACUUUCAUCAUAAUCUUGUAAAGCAGAGUGGUUGAGUCAUCAAUCAGAAACCACGUAAUCGCCUGAAUUGGCGGUAAGCCAUACAUUCUUUGGUUGGAUAGCAAAAGCCACAUAUCUCCUGUUCAUAUAAUUGCACAAAUCAAGCAGGACAGGAAAC